GGGGCAGCUUUAGUGCCACUGGUGCACAAACACAGACUUCUAUGUAAGGACACCACAGCAAAACCACUUUCUAAGGACGAACAACACAACUCAAAAUACCAUUUGAUCGAAACCGACGGACAAAUUCAAGCCCAGUUCAACUCACCCAAGAUGGUAUUAGCAGACUUAGGGAAGAAGAUUAAUGCUGCCUUCAGUGAGCUCCAGCGUACACCUCUGAUUGACGACAAGGCUCUGGAUCUUCUCUUGAAAGGAAUCUCUGCUGCCUUAUUAUCCUCAGAUGUCAACGUGACCCUGGUCGCCAACCUCCGGAAUCGGGUCAAAUCGAAACUGUCACCUCAGCUGGAAAAGCUCAUCCAAUCACCUGCCAAGCAAAAACAAUUGGUCCAUAAAACCGUCUUCGAUGAGCUCGUUGCCCUCGUCAGUCCGACUGGAUCUGCUUCGGAUCAUGCAUCUUCCUCGAGUCGAACUACCGAAUACACACCCUGGCAGCCUAAGAAAGGGAAACCAAACGUCAUAAUGUUCGUGGGUCUUCAGGGGAGUGGAAAGACAACGAGUUGUACAAAGCUGGCCGUGUACUAUCGGCGCAAAGGAUUUAAAACUGCGCUAGUUUGUGCGGAUACGUUCAGGGCAGGUGCAUUCGAUCAAUUAAAACAGAAUGCCACCAAAGCGAAAAUUCCGUUCUAUGGAUCUCAUACCGAGACAGAUCCUAUAGCAAUCUCUACGGCCGGUGUGACCAGAUUUAAACGCGAGCGGUUCGAAGUCAUCAUCGUUGACACCUCGGGGCGCCAUCGCCAAGAAACUGAAUUGUUUGAGGAAAUGAAGCAAAUCUCGGCGGGCGUGACUCCCAAUUUGACUAUCAUGGUUCUCGACGGUGCUAUCGGGCAAGCUGCAGAAGCACAGACACGUGCAUUUAAGGAGGCUGCUGACUUUGGGGCCAUUAUUGUAACUAAGAUGGAUGGUCACGCAAAAGGAGGUGGUGCAAUUUCUGCUGUAGCAGCAGCUCAAACUCCGAUCAUGUUUAUUGGUACAGGCGAACAUCUCCAUGAUUUAGAACGAUUUGCUCCUGAACCAUUUAUCAGCAAGCUCCUUGGCAUGGGCGAUAUCGGGGAAUUCUUGGAAACUAUGCAGGACCUUCAAUCAGCUACGCCCAGCCAAAAUCGAGAAGAAAUGAGACAAAGAAUUGAGCGAGGAGUAUUUACAAUCAGGGAUCUCCGAGACCAAAUGUCAAACUUGACACAAAUGGGCUCGAUCAGCAAGAUUGCAUCAAUGAUACCGGGAAUGUCCAACAUGAUGGCUGGAUUGGGCGGAGAUGGUGAUGAAAUGUCUCAAAAGAUGAAACGAAUGGUUUUUAUUUUCGAUGCAAUGUCCCCGCAAGAGCUAGAUUCGGAUGGGAGUAUUUUCCGGAAGAAACGACGCACGGGAGACAAUACUCGUCAACUUGCGGACGGUGAACCGCGAGAGCCCCAUCCACGAGUGCUCAGAAUAGCCAGAGGGAGUGGGACGAGCGUUGAUGAGGUGGAAGGGAUGUUGGCGCAGCAUGCGAUGUUUGCUACGAUGGUCAAGGGCGCUGGUGGGAAGCGGAAAUGGGAACAGCAGCAGGCUUUGAAGCAGGCUCAACAGCAGUCCAAGGCAAUGAUGGGGGGCAGUCGGGGUGGAAAGGUAAAACAGCAGCAGGUGACGAUCGAGCAAUUGGUCAAGAUGGCACCAGCCCAGCGCUCACAGGUUCUCCGUCAGGCCCCAGCAAGCGUGCGCAAGCAGAUCGAGGAUGCAGGUGGAGUGGAUGCGUUCUAUGCAUUAUCUCAGGCAGCACAAAGGACAGGAGGCCAACCAUCAGCAGCCGCCCGGGCGCGACGAGCGGCAGCGGCGAUGGGCGGAGCAGGAGGCGGUGCUGGCGGGGGCGGGUUAGGAUCUUUAUUGGGCGGUCUCGGCGGUCUCGGCGGCCUCGCUGGGGGUCAGAUGCCCGACCCUGAGGUGAUGAGGAAGAUGAUGGAACAGAUGGGCAUGGGCGAUCUCGGCUCAAUGUUUGGUGCCGGUGGCCCCGGCCCCGGCAAUUAUUAAACUACAUCCCAUCACCAACCUUCUCGUUUCCCUUGGCUUACUCGCCAUUUGUUUUCCAAUCUCCUAUCGGUCGUCGCAAUACUCAUUCCUAUCCCUACCCUGCUCCACCAACCAAAUAUACUAUGUGUGAUGGCAAAACACCAAAAAAAAAAAUCCACACAUAUAGAUUUUGUAUAAUUUAUUUACAUCACUGCACAUUCUAAAUUUUCUUGUUAACCAAACAAGGCUCACGCUACCCGAGUAAUAUGCAAGCUCCACUCCAGCGACAUUGGACCAUUGGCUAGGGUAAACGUACAUAUAUAUUUGUUGUCCUUUGGGAUCUGAGACCUGAACCCUCUGCGUGAUGAAAAUGGGCUUGGG